AUGGUUGGAUCCCGGGUUUACGUUGGCGGGCUGCCCUUUGGUGUUAGAGAAAGAGACUUGGAGAAAUUUUUUAAAGGUUUUGGAAGAAUAAGAGACAUCCUUAUUAAGAACGGCUACGGUUUUGUGGAAUUUGAAGACUACAGAGAUGCCGAUGAUGCAGUCUAUGAAUUAAAUGGAAAAGAAUUGCUUGGUGAAAGGGUGGUGGUGGAGCCGGCGCGGGGCAUCGACCGCAGCGCGGACCGCUACCGUCGCGACCGAUACUACGAGCGCGACCGCGGCCGAUCGAGAUACGAAUUUUCCGCCCGCAGUGACUACAAUUAUAGAUACGGGCCGCCGACGCGUACGGAGUAUCGACUUAUAGUUGAAAACCUAUCCAGCCGCAUUAGCUGGCAGGAUUUGAAGGAUUACAUGCGUCAGGCUGGCGAAGUUACUUACGCGGAUGCUCACAAACAACAUAGAAACGAAGGUGUUGUAGAGUUCGCAACUCAUUCAGACAUGCGAGCGGCUAUUGAGAAGUUGGACGGUACAGAGCUAAAUGGACGGCGCGUCCGCUUGGUAGAGGACCGACGCUCAUCACGACGCCGUAGUCGCUCCUCUUCUUCGAGAAGCCGAUCCCGCUCACGAGACAGGCGCCGCUCACGAUCCAGGUCUCGUUCCCGUGGUUCUCGCAGCCGCUCCAAGUCCAAGUCUCGUCCAAAGAGCAAGAGCCCAGCUGCCAAGUCUCAUUCGAGAUCUCGCUCCAAGUGUGUUAUAACAUGCGCUGAGCAAAACUUAAAAUCAGACCGCAGCCGUUCCAGAUCUGCUUCCCGCAAAUCUGAACGUGGGUCGGCGUCACGUCCGUCCCGUGAACGAUCCGCCGGGCGGAAGUCCGCAGAGCGAAACGGAAGAUCCGCAUCGCGAUCCAAGUCUCGCUCACCCAUGGAUGAUAAAGAGACUGCUGCGAAAGCUAGGGAGCGAUCUCGUUCACGCAGCAAGGAAGCUGGAUCACCCAAACGAGAAGAGGAGCGUCGUGAGAGUAAGUCUCGUUCACGGUCUCGCUCCCGGUCUGGGUCUCGCGAGAGGUCCGUCUCCCGCGAGCGGUCACGCUCCGCCUCGCCCCGGCAGAACGGAGACGAGCGGGCCGCCGACGAGCGCUCCCCGCGCAGCGGAGACUGA